GGCAGCCAUAGCGACGACGCUACCCGCAGUGACGGGAGCAGGCGGGGGGGGCGCCGCACAAAGGGGGCGCCGCGCGAGCCCGCAGCCAGCGGCCCCGAGCGGUGAGUGCGGGGCGGGGGGCGCCGCGCGACGCCUCUGGGGCGGGAGAGGAACAUCGCCUCCAGCUCUGCCUGCCUUCCUCUGCCCGGCGCCGAGCGGCCCUUCCAGGCCGGGCCUCCCCUUUGGGCCGGGCCCGCACGGAGCGCCGCCGGCCCCGGUGAGGCCGCGUUGUCAGGCCUCAGCGCGGGCAGUGGGGCGGCCAGGACGGGGGCUGUGAGGGGCGGCGCGGCGGGGGCAGCGCUCUGUGCCGGGCCGGGCGGAGCGGGGCCGGGCUGUCAAAGCGCCGCUGCCGCCGCCUUGAUCUCCGCUACUGAAUAACAAAGGGGAUAAAUGAAGCGUGUGCCGUCGCUCCUGUUUCUCUGCCUUCAGUAGAAUUGCCAAAAUGCUUUGGAAUUCUUAAACGAUUCUAAAACUGAAGUCACUGAAGAUACAAAACUCAUAAGAACACAAGAAGCAGCAAGGAGGAUUCAGUGCCAAUGCAGCAACAAAGAAGACAGCCAGAGUUAGUGGAAGGAAAUCUUCCUGUUUUUGUUUUUCCUACAGAACUUAUAUUUUAUGCAGAUGACCAGUCAACACACAAGCAGGUGUUGACUCUAUAUAACCCCUAUGAGUUUGCCUUAAAAUUCAAAGUUCUUUGUACAACUCCAAAUAAAUAUGCGGUGGUUGAUGCGACUGGAGCAGUGAAGCCUCAGUGCUGUGUUGAUAUUGUGAUUCGUCACAGAGAUGUUCGUGCUUCUCACUAUGGUGUGAUAGAUAAAUUCCGUCUGCAAGUGUCUGAGCAAAGCCAGAGGAAAGCACUAGGGAGAAAGGAGAUUAUUGCUACUCUGCUUCCAUCUGCAAAGGAACCACCACAACAAAAGGAAGAGGAGGAAAAGCGAAUAAAAGAACACCUGUCUGAAAGUGUCUUUUUCGAGCAGACUUUGUGUCAACCAGGUAAAAACAGACCUGCCUCAUCGGGACCUAGUUUACUAACUGUCUUCCUGGGAAUAGUGUGUAUUGCAGCGCUAAUGCUACCUACGUUGGGGGAAAUGGAAUCCCUGGUGCCUCUCUACCUCCAUUUAAGUGUGAAUCAAAAGUUAGUUGCUGCUUAUGUUUUAGGUCUCAUCACCAUGGUUAUUUUGAGAACAUGAGCAAUGACUUAACAGGACAUCAAACACCUUACUGUAUAUUCACAUCAUGAAUGUGGACUGCCUUUUACUCCCAUUGGGCUCAUCAAGAUGCUAGCAACUGUUCAGUGAUCUAAGAUACCUUCAGAAGUGUAAUAUAUUUUAACUAUGUAUAAUAAAUGAAAGACUCAAAGCACUUUUAGGUGCUUCUGUAACAGACAGCUAUGAAAUGUUCAGUGAUACCUGUGAAAAUAAUUUGAAACACUUUUAUAUUUACGCCUACUGUAAAAAAAAUCCUUAUUAAAGCAACAUUUGUUAUUUUUAGUCUAUGUUCACAUCAGUGCGUGAUCACUAUAAAAGCAACCUGUCAUAUGUAAAGCGUUCCUUUGGUUUGUGGCUGUACGUGCUGAGCCUGACACUUCUGUAUAUGUACCAGAAGGAUGGGAGUCGUGGCUAAUCAUUGAAGCAAAUGGAAAAUUUCAUCAGUGGAACUAUGAAAUAAACCAUUAAAUUUAGGUGAAGAAGUAAUUCUCAACUUCCUUACUUCGUUGUUACCGAUGUAUCACUGAGUGCUCAUUUUCUUACCUGGGGAAGUAAUUUCUGCAACAGACGUUUUGUAUCGACUGUAGACAAUAAAGACCAGUUCUGUAA